AUGACAGAGAAAAAUGGUGUUGGCGUGACAGUCAUCAGUCACGAUAGCGAGAACAGAACAAAAGUGAAAGGAUAUGAAAACCCAGGUACAUACACCCGAGAUGUUAACUACACUGGAGCACGUCUAUCUCAGUUGGCCAGUCUCACCGAAGUCUCCUCACACUGUGAGCAGUUUAUCAAGUACGAGUGUCACAGCUCGGUUUUGCUUAGUAAUAACUAUCCAAACGGCUGGUGGGUGUCACGUAAUUCUACUAAGAUGACGUACUGGGGCGGAGCAUCUGUCAAUGAUAAGUGCGGAUGCGGGAUGAAUAACUCAUGUGCAGACCCCAGCUAUGGUUGUAACUGUGAUAAGAAUGACGAAGUGUGGCGCGAAGACAGUGGUCUCCUGACUGACAGGACCAAGCUUCCUGUCAAACAGCUCAAGUUUGGCGAUACUGGUGAAAGUUGGGAGAUAGGCUUUCACACUUUAGGGAAGUUUAAGUGUUACGGUAGAGCAUAAUCACAUGGGUCACACAGACAAUCCUCGUAUCACCUAGUUAUAGCACCGACAAACUGUCGUUGUUAUCAUAAUAUAUUGUUGUUUGGUAGAAUGUUAAAAAAAGCCUCUAAAACAAAAGCAUGCACAACUGCAGUAAUUUAAGGCAAAUACAACUUUUGCACUUAAUUGGUGUGGUGGGAAAUAUAUAUUAUGGUCUUGGGACACUGGGUUGGCCUCAUCGAACAUGAUGUCUUAAGCGAUAUUGCCAAAUUUCGUCACUAAAUAACUACUUCUAAAUCCUUCAACGUCGUUUAAGAUGUGUAAUGCAGAGAAACUCCACUAAGCGGAGACAGUUGGGAUAAGCUGUAUUUGGCCGGGGCCAUGGUUAAGUCUGUCCACUUAAGCCAUGUAUUCUUACAGCCGAUUAGCGAAGUGUCGAUUAGCGAAGGUUUGAGGGCAUCAGAUGGCUUAACCUGUUCCAGGCCUCUACGGGGCUGACCGAGAACCUGGCACAGGCUACAGAUACCUUGACUUUUGUCCUUUGUCUUGAGAAAAGGUUGUUUAUUGUUGUCUUAUAUAGGAAAUUAUAGGAAGGUGUUUAUAACAAUUUUAUUUUCUUAAGGUAAUUCCCUUGAAAAUGACGUACGAUCCAGAUUUUUUUCGCCCUAAUACAUAUUUCUUGUGUGGACAUAACGGGUAAAAAACACAAAUAAAAAAGGGGGUUACCAUUCUCGUUUCAAAGCAAAUCGACAAAAAAGGGAUAAUUUCGACUUUAAAUGAUCAUUUUGCGAGAUAGGACUGGGGAGAUUUUCAAGACAAUCACCUUUUUAGCAAGGUAGAUCUAUCAAAAUCGCUAUUAAAAGCAUUUGGACUACAAAAGGAGUCAAAAUUACCUCUUUUUAGGUGACCCGACCGAUGAAAAUCAGCGCCAUCUUUGAAGUCGCAAUGCCAUGCGCACUAGGUGAUGCGCAGUACAAAACAUGGGAAUUACCUUAAACAGGUAAAGUGUUUGUAAUACUAAGCGGUACCUCUUAGCCUAAAGGUACAAUUCUAUUUUCAGACUUUGCAAACGUGUUUAGUACGCUAUAUUGUUUUGAGUAGAGAUAUGAGUCACGUAACUGGUUAUUUGUUAUUUAAAUAAACAUCAGUCACCUCGAGUUGUUAAAAUAAACUUCAUUUUAAGCACCAAGCGUUCAGCUGCAGUGAUUUACUACAUUAUGACUUGAUCACGAGUCAGCUUAGACGUUCUUUUUCUGUCUGUUUGUUUUCUUUUUUGUUUUUUUUUUCCGUUUCUCUUCAAGAAACACUUCUGUCUCGUCUCUUACCAGUCAUUGUUCCGGGGUCUUAUUGACUGGUUUUACGAACUAAUUUCCCUGUGCAUUCGGGCCAGUUCUUCAGAGCGUCACGCAUUACGUAAUGUUUUAAUACGCUAUCUACUAAUCUUAGGGAUGUAACUUGACUUGUAACUUUAAUACAUUUAAAGAAAUGGGAGUGUAACUAAAUAAUAAUCGUUAUGCGCGUCCUCAGUAGCCAGCCCAUUAGAAACUGUAUCUCUUUGUUAAAAUCUCAAUUUCUGAUAUUGUCUAUUAGGUACUGGUUUCUAAAAACCAAACCUCGAAGAAAAUUAUUUCUUCAUCCCUAAUUUAUAAAUAAUGACUAAUCGCCUCUUGAAUGCCGUCUUCACUAAAUUUGGUUUAUCCUACCUUACCUUCAAAAUAAUGUCUUAACUACGUUAACGGCGGUUAUAGCUUUUAUCUACCGUCACAGGAAGUAAUAUAGACAAGACUAAAGAGGCAGUCUCCCUUAAAGCGUUCCACUCGAUUUCGGACUCGACAAAACUUUUGCCUUAUAUUUUUUAUCAUUAUCAGUGCUACUAUCCAUCCUAAUAACAGAAUUGCAGUUAGGAUGAGGAAAUUGUUUAUUUUACUUCCAUUCCCAGCAUUUCGUUGCUGAACGACCGUUAGCGGCUAAAAUAGGUAAAUUUCAGAUGCUGUUUCACAGGUUUUUUUAACGAUCGUUUAAAAGUACUUCGGGGAACCGAGAAAAAUCACGGGAAAAUAAGAGAAAAAUGAAAAAUGGGAACGAACCCUAACUAAGUGAACUCUAGCCCUAUCCAGUAUCUUCAUUACCUUUCUCUUCUUUGCUCUUAUGUUUUCAUUUCUUGGUAACAUAGUAACGUACUUCCUGUAUGGCGGUCGCAUUUACCCGUUGGGGAUUUAUAUUACUGUCUUUACGGCUCAAAAACAAUAAAAAUCCCUGUGGAUAAAUGCGACGGCUAUAUACGCGUAUACUUGAAAGGAUGACACUAUAACGGGGAGCGGGGAACGGUUAACAUGCACCGAGAACAGGAAAAUGAAAAAUGGAAACAAAACUGAGAAUGUUGGAAAUGAAGUUACUGAACUUGCGUAGGGCUAGGGUUCCAAGUUUUGCUCCCAGUUUCAUUUUUCCUGUUCCCCGUGCUCGUAACCCAAUUCCCGUUCCCCAAUUUUUAGUAACAUUCAUAUCUGGAAAUGGACCCACCCUUAAUUAUGUUAAUUUUAUUUUCUGUUGACUGCACGGGAUAUAUUUCCCCUAAAAUAUCACUGUAACCAAGUCAGAAGCAAUGUGGUCCCCAAUACGGCUGGUCUUUGUUCUUCCGUGUUAAUGCUCUUGCUCGUUUGUGUUGUUUGGGGAGCUUGACUGAACUAUAACAUUAUUACAACUGCACUUGAAGGUAAGAAAACAAUCUUAUUCCGUUUUAUAGAUUAAUUGUGUCGGUUUAAAAAAAGUGUUAGUCAAAGUAAUGAUUUAACUAACAAGGUCGGUUAUUUGAUGCUUCCAUUUCUCAUGGGGAGCAACAUCACAAUGCAGGAGUUGUAUUUUUUUUUUUGCGUUGAACUUGCCCUCUAAAUUAAAUCAGAACGUUGUAAGGUCUUAUGGUACUGCGCUAGCAGCAGCGACUCCUUUAAAUAGUUCACGUCAAUUUCUGGCGGCAUGUCAAAAAGUUGUCAGUCGUUAAAGCCGUCGUGUUCGUCUUGGUGAACGAGCUGUAUGACGUAAUAGGGCUGGAUAAAUUUGACAUUUUUCCUCGAAGGCUCCUGAAAUGACGCGCCCAAUUUCCACCAUUGUAUGAGUUUAACAAAUUCUUUCUGUCAUGAGAACUUCCAUUUGGCUUGAACAAGUCCAAUAGUCCAUAAAGCUUUGUCAUCUUAUCAUAUACUGAUGCGAGUAUCUUACAGCCGUUUCUGGACAUGACAUUGAAUAGUUUCUCAAAUGAGAAGUGAUCGAUGAGGAGCUGCAGUUUCGUUUGGACUUCGUCCUCUUCUUCUUCCUCUUUAUCCUGCAUUUCCUCAAUCUCUUUCAGUGGCUGAAUCAACAAGUUGACGGCGCCUGAUUUAUUUGCUCCUUUCUUGGAAACAAUAACAAACCAUAGCAGUCCAGGCUCCUUCCAUUUUUGGUUGAUCUCUAUGCAAGUUGAGGUUCCCAUGAGCCGGAUGCCACAGUCGAUAAAAGGGGGAAGAAUAAUAACUCUUUUGGAACUCCCAUGGAGUUGGCGUGAUUAUUCAGAAAUGUGAACAUUUCUUUUGAGCAGACGGGAUCUCCAGUCAAAAUCUGCAUAAUUUUGAACGUCGCUCAGCGUUUUCGCAGUACUGGAUAUAUGCAGACCUGCAGACCCAGCUUCUGCGAGUGAAGUACUCUCAUUCAAAGACGUCCUUUUGCGUAUUAUUGAUCUUCACCAGUCGCCCAAGACCUACAAAUUUGAUAAAACAGCGAUGAACUCUUCAUUGACGAUCACGAUGCGCUCAACGAAAGGAAAAGUUUAACAUCGACAAUGACACGCUUGGUGUCCUUUCAAAGGCCAAAGGACAAACCGCUCGUCUAGCCAUGAUUCUUCAUGUAGCUGAAUAUUGGAUCAAGACAGCAACAUUCCCACUCGAUCCAACCAAUAGUCUACUACUGCAAGUUGGCGAGGAAAGCAUGAUCCGGGUCUGUGUCGUUAUGAACCACCUCAUCAAUGUAAAGUACAUUAUAUGCCCUCUGGUAGCCUCACCAUCAUCGCCAACUCGAAAUGCAGAUGAAAACCUCGUGAAAAAUGAACGAAAUGUCGAGCACAAAAAAAAAUAAAAAAAAAAAUUACAUAUACUGAGUCCUCUUUAACACCUUCCCUUAAUUGUUUCAUGAAAGAGUGGGUGUUUUCCAGUGAACGGAAAAUAUCCCGUUCAAUCCGCACUACAGAUAUUGCAGAAAAUGGAAGAUCCUGGCAUUGGCACGCUCAGGGCAAUAAUUCACCCAUAUAUACAAUAACAAAAGAUCCAAACUGUUCGUGAAAAGCCGCUACGACCUUGGCGGUGAUGACGCGGGCAGUCACCAGGGGCACCCAACGACCGAAUUUUUCCAAAUACGCCAGAAGUAUCUCAAAUGGUAUUCUCCGUACUUUAGAAGCCUGUUUGCUUAAUUUGGGUUGCCCUUAAAAUUGUUUAUCUGUUCGGAUGUCUUAGGCGAACUUUGGUCGUCACGAAGUUUUAGGUGGUUUUCGUCUCAAGUGUUAGCUACCCUUAUGGGUCCGGUCGAAAGUACAAGGACAUGAAGUAGCCUUGCUUUCAUCAGAAAAUUUCAGGGGAUGUUUUGUCUUCACAACGAAAUUUUUAGGAGACCCCUUUUUAAAUAAUAAUCGCAAUAUCUUGGUGUUGAAAUGUGGCCAACACAACCUCCGAUAAUCGUAGGUAGGUUUUUAGAAAACCUCCGAAUAUUUUAGACGAAUGGAACGGUUAUCCAGGAAGUUAUAGCUUUUCACAGAGCUUCAGAAAUUUCUAGGCAAUAUUUCCUCCUUCGAAAGGUUAUUUUAGAGUUUAAAUUUCAAAGGGACAAUUCAAUCCCUCCAAUGAGUGACACUGUUGCUUUAGUAUGUAGUUUAACAAUUUUGCCGACACCUUGGUUUACAACUGAAACAAUUUAUUAUUAUGAAAUCGAUAAUCAGCGUUACGUUUCAUGCCAGUCCGCACAAUGAGUGACACUGCUGGUUAGGAAAUUUUUACAUUGUGAACACCUUUGUUUAUAUAAACAUUUUAUUAUUGUGAAGUCCUAAAUCAUUGAAACUAAGCGUUAUUGAUUUUACCCUCUCAGCAGCAGAGUAGAAGCCACAAACGAAUUCCGCUUCCCGGUUAGCUUUUACAAUAGUUAGAGAUAGCCGCUUCAUGUCCAUAUACUUUGAGCACGAAAAAAAAAAUCCAAGAACCAGCAGCCUCUUAAUUACUCAACAAAAAGGUUGUGUGAACUAUAAGAAAGAUUCCAUCUAAGAUUCAAUCGCUCAUUGUGGAGUAGCCGUCGUUAAACUCUCUGCCAGUAGAACGGCCGCUGAUAAGAGGACACUGUAAAUCCACGUAAAAAAAAAAAUUCAACAGCAAAGGGUUUCAAAACUAACGCAAUAAAAUUCUUCUGUAAUCACCACAGAACGAUUCUUAAAAAAAAAAACUUCGCUAAAUAUCAAACGAUGGCUGAGAUUGAAACUGAUAAAAACAGCCUUCCAAAAUUUGCGAAGUGCCAAGUUUGAAAGAGAUUAACUGUUGAAAAGUAACACGGGCACCAAACAAGAAUAUACCGUAAAAUUCCCAAAAUAAGCCCCGGGGCUUAUAUUUUUCAAAAGCCCUUUUUGAGGGGCUUAUUUUUGGAGGGGCUUAUCUACGGGGGGAAAUUUGCGUUUCAAAAUCUAUUGGGCUAGCCUUAUAGUUGGAAGUAAAUUUACUGCUUGGCUUUGUUUUACUUUGUAUUUGAUGGCAAUUUUCCAAUUACAAGCCCCUGGGAGGCUUAUAUUUGGAGGGGCGAUUUAACGGAGGUUUUUUGGGGUGACCGCGAUGAGGAGCUUAUAGUUAGAGGGGCGUAUACAUGGAGGGGCUUAUUUCCGGAAUUUUACGGUAGCUCAAAACCACUUAAACAUAGCAUUGUUGAACGUAUUUUAGUAUAUAAACGGUAGAUAUAGGCAUAUUUUUAUCCCCUAAAAAUUUGUCUGUUGGGAUUCCCUAGCUGAAAGUCUAGUGAUCCGAAAAUUAUAGGGAUCAAAACUCACCUUUUUGGAAAAUUUCAGCUAGAAUAACGAAAAAUUAUACGAUUUUUUAGAUGUUCGAAAAUCCUAGUAGAGGCAGGCAAGCAAGAAAUUUUACAGCAAAUGUUCCGAAAAUUAUAGAUCUCAAAUCGCAUUCCGAAUAGAUAUUUUCUGAAUAUUGACGUUGGGUGGAGAAGAACUGGAAAUCAGGUUUAGACCCGAGAAAAUGGUUAUUUUCUUUGUGCUUUACAUGAUAAAUAACACAUAAAUAAGCACUUUGCAUGAUUUUAGCCACAAGAUUUGCUUUUAUUGUCAAAAGAAGUUAAAAAAAACAAGUGUUUUCAUCCAAAAAUAGCUUGACCACCUGCCACUUAUGAUGUCAUAUCUUGUAACCAUAGCAACUGACCAUCACUAAACUUGUCUUAAAAUGUGUGCGAGGGAAAAACGAACAGCUGCUUAAAAAGUCAGGUAAAAAUCAAAGAAAAUCGGAAAAAUCGGAGCCACAGUCAAAAAUCGAUUAGGAAUAACCUAAGACGAUUCAUAUGGGUAUUUUCUAGAAGAACAAGACCCCUUUUGAACACUCAUAGUAAGAGAAGACCAGUUCUUAUGUUUUAUCUCGAACUGGAUUGUCUCCAAGAUGGCGAAAUUUCAAGCCCACGCAUAGCGGUGCACGGUCAAAUCAUUUUUGACCGUUUAUUACAGUUGGAAAGCAAAAAUUAGUCUCAUCCCGCUAGAGUUAGUACCUUAGCCUUAUCCUAGACAAAAAAAUAGCGAAAUCGAUUUUUUGACAGUGGCCGCAAAAUUGUGAUAUUUCUUUGAUUUUUACUGACAUUCACUCUUAAUUAUUCCAUCCUGCAAGUUUUGUCAAGAAAUGAAAGGAAAUGUAUAACUUAAAGAUACGUGAAUGUAGGCUAAAUGAUACCUUUGAGGUGUGGUUUGGCCCCAACGUGAAAUGAGAGGCUUUUUUGUAGCUCUUAUUUUAAGGCACCAUCUUUUUCCAUGUAAAUUCGUUUCUGUUUGAUGUAACUGUAUGCCAAUCUAUAUGACUACUGGUUAAGUCUAAUGUUUAUUUAUUAUGACAACCAUUGCAGCUGGCAUUAACUAGUUAACGAAACUCACUAAAGAAAAGAAACUUAAACAAAAUUCGGUCUUCAGUAUGGCAGGUCGUUGUUUCCCUGGGUUAUCGCUUUUCCUGGUUUGUGUUGUUUGGGGAGCUUGGCUGAACCAUAUCACAACUGCUCAAGUAGGUAAGGAGAAAACUAACUACAAUUAACCAGGGUCCUGAAUGCAUUUCCUUUUUUUUUUUUUUUCAAUUAAACUAUUCGAUCAUCUACUCGCCGACCGUCAGCCUGGGCGAGUUAUAAGCCACUUUCAAUAAUUGUAACUAAAUGUUAUAGUUGAUAAUUUUGCGUAAUCGUUUACAAAGAGAUUACAACUGAAUCAGAGCUCAUCUGCACUCUUGCGGUAUGUAGACUUCGAUCUCAGACGGGGGAUAAAGUGUGUUGUCCUAGCUUUUUCAAAUUACCCCGCGGAUGAACUGAAGCCCCACUGGAAAGACACGCCGUUAGAAUAGCAAAUAGCGCCUCACCAAUGAGUAAUUGUGAGAACAAGUUUGUUAAUUUGCUCAUUCAUACGAAGCCUUUUUUAAAGUGUGCGGAAAUCAAAGGAAGGUACCUCUUAUAAGGCCGCUCAAGAAACAAUACGGAACUCAGUGUUAACCAAGGCAAGUAAAGAAAACUGUAAUUUAACUAGAGCGAAAACUAAAUCUAAAGCUUCCAGCACUUAUUAAAAAAAGUAAGUAAUGCUUUAUCAUAAGAGCGUUAUCCGCUCGUGGGUGUCAUUAGCUGGUUAUUGCACUAAAUUGCUUCAUUUCAAUUAGCUUUUAUUUUGGUUUUUGGACUCAGCUGAAUUGUUCGGAGCAAUAACUUUUAACAUGAUGAAUGCAUGAAUUCUUUUAUACAAUCUUAGGACGCUGCGGGUGGUGCUAAACUAACAGCAACUUUACUGAUAAUAUGUUAUGCUUAGAUCAUUUUGAAUUAGUGCUGAAAUAUAUUUGUACUUAGUAUAUACACACUCAGUGAUCUUGGUGAUUUAAGCAAUCUGAUUGGUUCGCUAUCUCGGACUAUUCAACAAUAUUCACCUCCUAGCGAGUGGAUAAUGUGUGAGCUCGGUGUUUUUCCCGUUUUUUUUAGAGAACGAUCUUUUAAAAGUCGACAAAAUCCUAGGGCUGACUUUUUUUAAGGCAAGAAAAGACUUGGAAGGAUUCAAUACGGCGUUUUUCAAUUUACUGUAGCAGGAGUUUUGCGCUCGAUGGAUUGUUUACAACUCCCGUGUAUUCGCGUAGAAGAAGCCGUUUCGUGAACUCAGCGUUUUCUAAGAAGAAAAUUUUGGCUCAAAAAUCGAAGUUUAUUUAUGACAAACAAAUUUAAAAGGAAAUGUUUGCAGAAAUUCUACAUUUCAAGUAAACAGGAAAAAGAAUGAUAUAGGAAGACGACCUCUUACCUCGAGCAACCGAGCCGCCAUUUUUGUCAGCACUUCAUGCGAAGAACGACACAACAUGCCCUUUUGGCUAUAAACUUGGCGAGUCAACAGAAAACAACACAGCUCUACUUUUUUUCUCAGGUAAGGAAACAGUUCAAACUUUUAGCGAUUCCAUUGAAGCCAUUACGCUGUUGUUUGCGAAAUGAGUAAACUUGUCAAUUGCCAUGUUUGAAAAUUCUGCAAAGAUCUAUUUUUAAACUUACGCGUGAUUUGAUCUGUCAAUCAAAUCCUACUUUUGAAUGGUUUCCUUUCUGAUUUUGUUGAGAUCACUUCGUGUGUAUAUACUAAAACAAUUAUUCUUCUCAAUCUCGGUGAAUAGUGGCUUUGGGAAUAUUUACCUCGCCGCUUUCGCGGCUCGGUAAAUAUUUUGCCACUAUUCACCUCGAUUUCAAAGAAUAAUUGUUAAGUAUUUAUCUGUUCGCCUAAUUUUCCUGGACUCUGUCUCUCGUUACUACCUUUGUUUUCAUCUUAUUCUGUAAAUCACCCACUUCCAAGCAAGCAGCGUUAUUUAAUCUAGCUUUUAGUUAUAAGCAAUGUUCAGUGUUUAUUCAAAUUGGUAUAAUUAUGUUAGGCAUGUGCUAGACAAAACAGUCUAACCUCUCAUGGAUCAGUUGUCGUCUAAAGCCCUAUAAAUUAUUAAAAUUCAUUUUCGCCCACUCAGCACACAGGGAACAUAGAACAGCACUCAACAUAGUUUUCUUAGACCAAUGUUUUCGACUUGAACGGAUUUUGGAGGGAAAAUAACGUCACAGGAUUGAAGUAGGAUGCUGGAUAUUGGACAUCGGAAUUAGGGCAACUCGGAUCAGAGCAUCUAACCGAGCAAGUCAGUAAAGAAAAAUAGCUUAAUUACUCGGACAAUGUGCUUAGGUAUGCCCAUAUGUCCGGAGAAUACUCCAUAAGCUUUCUGUGUGUACGCUAUCGAACGCUUUCUGGAAAUCGAUAAAAUUCAAGUACAAUCCAUUCUGCUAUUCAAAUGACAUUGCUCGAUGUACUUCCUCAAGGUAUAGAUACGCUCUUUGCAGCCCCGACCUUUCUGAAAUGAGCAUGUUCUUCGCAGUACGCCAUUCCCUUCAAAGAGAGAUAAUUCACUGUGACUUUAGGAAAGAUUUUACUUGGCGAAAUAGAAAUGUGAUAUACCUCGCCAGCUGUUACUGUUAGACAGUGUCUGUUUGUCUUUUUAAGAACUGGUGUGAAUUGCUUCAGUCACUUGGUAUCCCAUAGUGCUUUGCCAUCCCAGAGAUCUCCAAUGGCUGCUACAAACUCCUCCUAAGUAGGUGGUUUGAUGCAGGGUGGAUCCAGGAUUUUUUUUAGGAGGGGUUCCAAUUGUCUUUUGCUCUACUUCAACAACAAUAAACCACAUAGUUUUUUUUUUUGCACAAUACCAAUUGUAUUAGAAAACCGCAGGUCAUCUCAGGGGGUGGGGGGGGGGGCGCAACCCCUGCACCCUCCCCCUAUAUCUGCCCCUGUGAUGCUAACAUCAAGGUCAUAGUUGGUCCUCUGAAACCUCUUUUUCAGGUAUUUCCUGAAGUGUUCUGCCCAACGCUCUUCCUGGUCCCUCUCAUUUGAACGUAAUACACCUGAGAUUGGUGCUUUUGCAGUCUAAUCCUGUAGACUAGUCCUUGUUUCUGGUGCUGGAUAUAGCAGUCUCUAUCUCUCUUGCAAGACUCUCAAGACAUAUCCUCUUGUCCGUUCUAGCUGAACGUUGAACUUUGGCUUUGAGAACACCACAUUGAGCAUUCAAUUUCUCUUUUAAGCGAGUAGAUUUGGUCCCCACGAGCUAGCCCUUUGCUCUUUUCCUUUCUGCAGAACAUAUAAUCUUUGCGAGAUUUCCCAUUAAGGGAAAAGCGACACUGUGGGGGGGUAUCGACGAUCCUAUAGUGCCAUUCUGCUCAUACCGAGAUGGUAUCAGCUAUCUCGAAGUUUUCUGUAAGAGUCUAUUACUUAUUACAUUCUAACAAGAUAAGGCCAUUUGCUUCCUAUUUCUUUGCAGAUGGUUGUCGUCGCCUCAAGUUCCUUCCAAUGGACGAUGGCCAUUAUUUGGCAAAUCACGUGUUUUUAAAUCUUACUAUUGGAAUAUACACACAUUGUCAUCAGAGAUGUGUUAUGGAAAGUAGAUGCGUGUCAAUAAACAUUGGUCCGCCUUUGAACGACAAAGUUGUGUGUGAACUUAGUGAUUCAGAUCACAUACAGCACCCACAACAUCUCAAACCAAGACAGGGCUGGAGUUAUAGAGGCAUCACAGAGGUACCAAUGACAAAUAGGUUUAAAACAGACCUGGAUAAACCAUCGACAGCCGAAUGCAUGUUUCCCUAAUUUUCGAUUAAGAAACUAAAGCUUUUGAAGUAGGCGGGUGAUGAUCCUUAUGACGAGUUCCUGCUGAUGAUGAUGAUAAUGAUCACGAUAUCUACUAGUAUAGGAGAAUGGAUGAUGAUGAUGAUAAUACUGAUACUGAUAGCAAUUAUGAUAUGAAAAUAUAUGUGUUCAUUCCCAUAAAUCGACAAUUCCAGAAACAUUCAAAAUGUCCCAAUCUCACAGGACAAAACUUGAAUUUUGUUGAAAUUGUUGCGGGGUUCGAGAGAUCUAAAUAAUACCUUUUCUAUCUAAUAUGCCGUCUCAGCAUGGGAAAUAAUUUUUAUCGUGAUUUUAAGAAUAUGUAUUCUCCACUAGAACCUUUGCGCCAGUUAUCCUUGUCUUAACAAGGGGACGUGCUUCACAGGAUAUACGAGCAAGAAAUACCUCUGUGUUUGCACCUUAGGCUUCACAGGAGAAAACUGCGAGCAGGCUCCAGGUAAAAUAGUAUAGAGGAUAUCACAUGGCUUCGCGGGUGUACGAAACCAAGGGAGGAUAAAGCUCAGAGAAUUAAUCCCCCAUAAGGCCCGCUGCCCAUCAUAAUCCCUCUUCGCAGGAGCCUGCUCUAAAGUUAUUUUUGGAACGUAUCGGUUUUCCCGCGGAUAAUAUAUCCUAGCACGUUGCGUGGAAGUUUCGUGGAGGGGUGGAAGUGCGAAAGCAUGUUGGGAGUGCAGGAGCUGCGAUGAAAGCGAAAGAAGAGAGGAUAAAGAAGGCGUAUCAUCUCUUGAUGCGAAAUAGGAAUCGUUUUUGAGAGUUUUUUUUUUAUUAUCAUUGAGCAUGUACCAAUCGGCAUUGGCGUCGAGAAACAAAAAAAGAAAACGUCAGAAAAUUCACAAAGGAAAUUAAGUUUGAGUUGACAGGCUAAACACGAUUCAUAAGCUCGUGAGUGUGAAGCGCGAUAGCCUCAGAGAAUGCUUCAAAACAACAACGGUUUCCUUUUUUUCCUUUCUAGCAAUUAGGUUAUGCGGUGCAUGAAGUAUUUUAAUUUUUUAUUGACCCAAUCUUAAUUUGGCCAUGAGUCUCCGUGGAGUCAUACAUUGACAUUGGGAUGUCAUGGGGCAUUUAAGUAAUUGUUUUGUGGUUUCCGGUGUGGUUUACACAGGAUUAAUUUGAUUCAGAUGCAGUUGUUAAGCAUAUUUUUUUUUUUUUUCUUUUCCGAAGUCUUAAGCUUUUUCCUGUAGAUAAAUAUCCUUUUCGUUAAGAUUUUAGUUUCUUUGGUUUCUCAAAAGUGCAUAUACACCCAAUUGCAAAAACGUUGUCAAAGAAAACUGAAAGAAAGGAAAAAGGCAAAUAGGAAUUAAUUAGGGUGAUAAACCUAAUGAGUUCAUUGUCAGUGUCCGCACAGGAACGUAGUAUUUGUCUGUUGGAAUUCAAAAUUGCUACUGUUUUAAAGCUGAAAGACAAUAAAACUGAAAGUUCCAGCGGGGAAGUGCAACCGCUGCAAAUGAAUCCACCAUGAGAAUGUGACUUAAUUAGCCUGUUUCAUAUAUUCUAUUUGGCUUUUUCCUUUUGUCAUUUUUCUAAGACAACGUUAUUGCAAUUAGGUGUAUCUAAAAUUGGUCCGUAAAGGUGGUGAUGAUUUCCUGCCAUGUUCUUGAAGUCGCAUUCAUCCACAAAAAGUAUACAUGCGACUCGUUUUCCUAUGGCUGCAGUUUUCUUAACCUAACCUACGUCUUCCGCCAACUUAACUUUUUAAUUUCGCGAACGACAUAAAGCAUUGCGUGGGACUUCGCCCACCUCAUUCAACUCUCUUGGGAACAACAGACCCCAGAGAAGAUCUAAAAAUAUCUUUAGAGGGAUUGCGAUGGGUAUAGGACCUUUAUGGGGGACUCGUUCAAUUUCGCUGAGCUUUAUCCUCUCUUGACGAAACUGAAAUCUUCAUGCGGGCUAUUACGGGCGGAUCUUUUGGAAAGGUUUAUGUAAACGAUGUCUAAGGAAAGAUGUAAGUCCAAAAUAUUUUAGUGGUCCUCUUUGGUUAACUUAAUUUUGUAUAUCUUUGUAUAUCCCUUUUGAAAAUACAUUUUAGACGUUUCCGGUUUUUCGGCUGUCAACACUGGGACCGGGCCAUCAAGUGGGUUAUCUACACCGGCAUCUUCAUCUGCCACUCCAGUUGUCGUGGGAUCGUUAAGUUCAACAACAGCAGCGCUAGCCACCUCGGCAAUGACCAUCGAUCCUGAUUUGUUCACUGCCUCGCUAUCUUCUGCACAGACCGGAGCGAUAAAGACUGCCAGAUCCAUAAAUGUUCUUCCACCGCCUACUCCGACUACUAACGCGCCAGCUCCAACAACGGUUGUAACAUCUCCCACGGUUCUCUCAGCGUCCGUGGAAGGAUCAGGUAACCACCCACGCUUAGUUCACGGCACGCAAGCUAUUGCAAUUUUAAAAAGACCCUGGCCAAUCCCAGCGAGAACUGUCCUUCGCUGGCUUAGCUAUUGAUUUAACUCUUUUAUGUUAAAACAUUAAGAUAAGCUAAAAGAGAAAAUAUGGGGACACGAAUAUGUGGAUUUUGGAGCAUUGUUGUCCCCUAGACCUAACUUUGACAAAUAAGCUAUAUCGCUCAAACCUUCUCAAAACUCAUCGGCGCCUGCUACGCUAGCUUUAGAGUCACUUCGCACGCCUAAGAAAUUAAGUAACAUAAAUCAGUGGCUGCCUGCGUUUCAUAUACUUUUGUAACCGUUUAUGUUUAGAAAUCUCUGAGCAAAGCUGCCAAGCUAAUGAAAUAUGGGAAAAUCGUGCGUAGCAUAGUCACCAAACCGGGGGACUGGGCUUAUUAAGAACAGUAAUUUCGGCUCUUACCAUCUCUUAUGGCAGUCAGACCUGGGACAGAGUCCAUUGGGAACCUUGGCAAAGGGUAGUGCGAAGUUUCGUUCGAAGUCGUCGUUCUCUGACCAAGACCGGCCUACCUUGUGCGCAUGACAAUCAUUCCCCAGGAGGUUGUUGGUUUUUCACUUGGGAGGCACUGUUAGGGAUGUAAUUUCGAACAAAAAUAGUUCCUUUCUGACUCAAACCAUCGCGCACGGCACGAAAAACUGGAUUUACUGCACAUUGAGGCCCUUCAAAGAAUACGCCAAAUAUGGUAUUGGCUUUGACUUCACCUUUGACGCGCAUCAAAGAUGCCGCCAAAUAUAUAACCUCUUUGUUUACUCCUUUGACCUUCGCAAAGGCGAAGACAAAUACGUAACAACUUUGACUUCAUCUUUUAUGUUUUUCUGGCACCAAUCAGAAGCCAGACCGGCGGCGACCGUUUGGAGCUGGUCUGGUAAGACAUUGUCCCCUGGGGCUCUUCUCGCCGUUCUUUAUUUUUCUUCGUUCCAUAUAUAUUUUUCCGCCCGUUUAGACUUUCCCUCGUCCCCACUAUCUGCCCUUGUGUCUCCGAGGAUGGGGUUCAAACCUUUCACAGAGUAUUGUAUUUCAGUUAAAUUAAAUGGAUGUGGCUGGAAUAGAGAAAGAAAGUUUUACGUCACAAAAAUCAUCCCAGCUGUGAGAUUAUUGGAUUUGUUGGAAUAAGUAUGUGUAAUCACUAAAUGGUGCAUGACGAGUGAAAUUAGGGAGUUGAUUUCACGCAGUUUUGUCCAAAUCCUUUUAAGAAGUAAUUCGUCACCUAUGAUAUUUUCAGACAGAACAAGAUGAAAAACAUCAUGUUUGUGUUAGAGCAAAUUACUGCUGAGGUAUGUGUAACGUUGGCACUGACAAGUCCAUACCAAAAUUCUUCUAAAAACGAUUUGGAACAAAUUUUAGAAUCAUUUUUAUGAAGUAACCAGAGCGUAAUAAGGGCAAUAUCUACCACCAAUUUGCACUAACAUGAUUUUUUUGGCAAGCAUGCAUUUUCAUCUUUUGUCUCCUUCUUUUUAUUAUUCUAGCCAAUCCCAUAAUUUCUCAACCUUUUGUUACGUCAUAACUUCUUUGCUCUAUUGAGCAACUAUAGUAGUCUGCGUAGCUGCUAGCUUUGUUUGGCGAGCGCGUAAAUGAGUGGCGGAAGCCGCGAAAACGCAUGCUUGCCCCAUUUUCGUGGCGACGUAACCGCUCCCCAGGCUCCCCUCUGUUCCCCUCCCCCGCCUCUCCCCCACCAUUUAAACCGCCUGCUAGGCAGGGCAGGAACAAUCAAACAGAAUGCUAUGAUGGCUGUAUAGGGUUAUUUUGGCAAACUUGCCUUAUCGUAUACCGUAAACUGCCGCUUAAAAGUUCCCUAAGUUAUAAGUUGCCCCCUCCCCUCCCCAGUUGUAGACCCAUCUUACUGUAAACAAAAAAAAUGCACCCGAUUAUAACCCCCUCAGGCAUUUCUACCGAAAUGAUUAACUACAUAUUUUAGUUUUUAAGGCGGCAGUUUUCGGUAUAGCUCUAGUUUUCUUCUUCUCGGUAUAUAUCAGGAAAAGAAGAAGAAGAUGAUGAUGAAGAAGAAGAGGAAGAGGAACAAUAAGCAUUGCAGAGAAUAUAGGACAAAAUGUUUCUUUGUCAAGGAAAAUUUAAGUUUUCGUUUUGUAUGGGAUCAUUAACCUCCUAUUAACUAGAUAAUACUGAGUGUAGCUAAAUGUCGUGGGUCGUGGGUGUGGGUCGUGGGUGUAGGAGUAGGUAAAUGUCGUGAGUAAAAAAAUGUCUUCCAAAAAAAUAGAAAUUAAAAAACUAAAAAGCAAAAAGUUGUAAAAUUCAUGAAAGGAAAAUUUCUGAGUACAUACCAGUCCUAUUCCUAACACCCUCCUUGAUCUGCUUAAUUCUACAUAUCCUACGAAAGCCGAAUUCAUUGAUCAAUUGCUAAAUAUUACAGACUUUUUUCUGUAAAAAUCUGCUUUUAAAGCGAUACAUUAACACUGAAGCCUAAUUUAUAAAAUCAGCCAAACAAUGUUUCAUUAAAAUAUAGUUUUAUUUAACAUCACGAAAAUUCAGUAACAAAAGAAGAAACUUUUUCAUUUUGGGCUAAAUUUGUAGUUAGUAGCGUAUUGAUGAAGAACAUAACUUUAAAAACGUCUUUUACUUUAAUUUCUAAAUGUGGCAUUAAGGACACAAACGAGUUUUACGCUUUAAUUAAGUUUUAUUAUCGAUAUAAAUGAGUUACAUUUCGAGAACGAAUACAGCAGUAGUAGUAGUAGUAGUAGCAGCAGCAGCAGUAGUAAAAGUAGUAGUAGUAGUAGUAGUAGUAGUAGUAGUAGUAGUAGUAGUAGUAGUAGUAGCAGCAGCUAUGUAAUAAUAUCAUUGCUUUUAACUGAGAAUCAAUUUCAAAAUCUUGGUUUAUUCGAGUAAACUUCAUUUUUAAUCAGUAAACAUUUACUUGCUUUUUUUUUCUUUAUUGUUAAUUGAUUUGCCAGCUUUUAUUCAGGUCCGUUUCUACUCUCUCGGUGCUUACCAGUCAUUACCAGUCAUAACUCCAGAGUCUUAACUGGCUGUGAUGCUAUUUUCAUAAAUUGAUCGAAAAACACCAAGGAAAUGAUAAUGAAUGCAAAAUUUUCGAAUUUGCGAUAAUAAAUAAUUUUGGAAUAACUCAGUAGAGACUGCAAAGAUGCAAAUUUUCUUCCUUUCAUUGUUGAAAGCCCACCACCUGACCUGCUAAUGACUGCCUACAAAUAAUGGUCUGCUCAUUCACAAUGCCGUUCAGCAGUGUUCGGCUGCAAAUAGUUUUCUGAUUUUUCCUCAUGCGUAAAUGAAACAACACUUUUAUCUUUCUUGCGAGCGCUCUUGAGUGAAAAUGGCAGAUCGCCUUGCAAAUAAUUAAGAAACAAACUCGGUGAUGGAAUAAUAAAACAGUUAUUGAACUCGGUUAUCGCAAAAAAAUAUUGUUAUAUAUUUGUCCAGUGCCUCGUAUAUCAUUCAUUUAGUCUGCAUAACAGGCGCUUUAUGAACCAAGCGAUCGGGGAAUGUGGAAUUUUGCGCGAAGCGAGAGACGAGCGCGAAACGCGAGAAGAGGGGAGGAGAAAAAAUAAGGCGCCUCGUAACAAGUCCAUUGUUGUGGCUCUUCCGCCCACGCCUACGCCCACAAAAUUAAUAUUGACUGACGGCGGUUAUGUCAAAAGGACCAAUGAAAAGCUGAAAACACGAUCCAUUACUCAUUUUUUCUGACUACCAGAAACACCGACAGCAGCAUAACCACAGGAAAUAACAACUACGAGGAAAUGAAUCACCUUCAAUAAUGUAAGACUCAGUGCGGCAAAAAUAUGAUUUGCUCAGUGGAAGUUCAGUUCAUGUCCAAACACAGCGACGAGAAAGAAAAGAGGGAAAACCUGUUGUUCAAACAAAUUCCAAGGUCACGUUUCACAUUAUCACGAGCUCAAAUAAGUAAAUGCUACUAAUCACCUACCUAAACAAAUUAAAAACUAAGAAAAGAUAUUAAAAUUGAUAUUUGCAUAUAAAACCAAUUUCAAAAUUGUUUAAGAAUCGAACUAGGCUAAUUUACAAAGUUUUUAGCUUCGCCUAAAAAAAAGACAAUGAUUUGCUGUAAGUUAUUAAUGUCAUUGUCUAGGUUGCUCCUGUCGUUAGAGGCUUGAAAAUUGAAAGUUUGCUUUUUUGGUAUGCGCGUCCUUAGUUCGACGUCUGAACAACGGACAAUCUUAACGUAAUUUAGGUCGACCCAAGUUCGAUGUUUGGCCUGUGUCUUAUCUAACUUUUAGAUUUAAAAAAGGGGAGGGGGCGUUGCUAAAUAAUAAAGUUUAUGCGCGUGCGCAGUAGGCAACUUAUUAGAAAGUUUGUCUCUUUGUUAUCUGAAAUUUCAAUUUUAUUAUAUUUUUCUCUGGAUACUGGUUCUUAAAAACCAAACCUCGAGGAAAAUUAUUCAGUCUUCUAACCCAAUUAAUAAAUCAAGGUUAAUCGACUAUUGAAUGCAGUCUUCGCUAAAUUUACGCUGCUAGCAGAGUCGCUUCGAUCUUUCCUAGAUAAUUCGGGAAAGUCGCUUUCCUCUUUCACGACUCAUCUAGGAAAGAUCGAAGCGAUUCUGCUAGCAGGGUACACUUAAUUUUCGUUUAUCUUAUUUUACCUUUUAUACUGCUACAUGAGAAAUCUCUGCAACUUGAUUGGUUAGAGCAGUGGCAUUUCAGCUUAAUUUGAAAUAGCUACAUUUGAAAAUUACAAAACUUUUGCGGGUCGUAGUAUAAACAAUUAAUAGCAUGAUUUGUACGUGAUAUUUGGCGUAAAUACCACUCGUCAUAUUUCAAAAUUGUCUCAAAUUUCACUCGCCUAAUGGCUCGUGAGUACGUAUAACAAUUUUGAAAUAUCACCCUCGUGCAUGGUAUUUAUGCCAAUUAUCACUACAAAUCGUGCUAUUACCUAUACUAACAUAACCUGAAAUACUGUAAUGAUCGACGGUGAUUAUCACGCAAUAGCGUGAAUAAAGCUGGCCUAACAGCAGCUAAAUUACCCUCAACAGGUAAAAAAUAGGGCAAAAUGGCGUCCUUCAACUUUCUUCAUUUCGAAGGCUUCAUCCAAAAAUUAUGUACACCUGUACUCCCGGUAAUUUAUUGCACAGCAAUCGUGCAGAAAACCAAUUUCUAUGUACGCGUUUAGAGGAACUGUAAAAGUGAAUUUGGCGUUAGACUAUUUUUUUACAAAUAGGUGGUCACCAUAACAACGUGCGCAGGGCCACAGCGUCUCAAAAAAUUGGCGCAAUGUUCUAGAAGUAACUUUUCCGAUUGAUCAACACAAAACUGAAAUCCGAAUAACAUUGGAUUCCCGUUAACUCGAAUAGAAUUGCGUCUUUCAGGGAUUUUUCGAUCGCGGAUUUUCUUAGCUUUUGUCCACAUAAUUUGGUUAUUUUACUAAACCGGAACAUGAAGUUUUAAGGCCCAGACCCAAAACUGAAUUAUUAAAAGAUUCUUGGCGUAAAACGUCGUGAGUAUAUUGUUUUUUUGUUGUGUCUGUUGUGACAAACGUAACUCUCUUGUAUCAGGUGAAUUUUCUCGGGAAACGUUUUAAAUGCUUGGGGGGGGGGGGCACUAAUUGUACCUCUGAUUUGUAAAUAGCAGGUGUCAAAGCAGCUAAACCGUCGAACUGCAUUUUUGGCAUAGAACUGUAAUAAAUAUUUCGCAGACUUUGCAGCCAAAAAAAAAGGAUUGGGAACUCCUGGGUAUGCAAUGGGAGAGGCUCUAUUUCUUUAAUAUGGUCCUCCCAUUCGGUCUCAGGUCUGUCCCCUUUCUUUUUGAUGAAUUCUCUUCUGCUCUUGUAUGGAUCGUUCGAAAUAAACUUAAUAUUUCCAAGGUUAUUCAUAUACUAGAUGAUUUCUCUAUGCCAAAUUUUACACCUUUUGACAAAUCUAAAUAUCCCCAUAGCUCCUGGGAAAACCUUCCCUGCAUGUACCUGCCUUGAAUUUAUGGGUAUCCUCUACUAGAUUCCAAUAAAGCGGAAGCCCGUCUCCCAGUAGAUAAACUCACCCGCAUUCAGGGAGCCCUUGGCCUGUGGACUAACAGGAAAUCUGCUACCUUAUAGGAGCUCCAGUCUUUGCUUGGCACCCUUCAAUUUGUUAUUGCCUCUGGCCUCUCCUUCUUGCAACGCACCAUCCAUCUUACAAAGGGUAUCAAGUUCCCUCAUUAGCACAUUCGCCUUAAUGCAGGUUUCCGUAAGGACAUUAAUAUGUGGCAACAUUUUCUAGAUCAUGUCAUACUUUAAGCGGCCUUCAACCUCCCUUUUCUCCAGCGAAUUCACUUGCAAUCGCCCAUUCGACCCCUCUGUUCACCUCAGUUCCAAUGACAUGACUGGUACCCAGUGACUGGUACCCAACUCCCACUCACCCAGCCACAUGCAAGUGCGCAUCAAGCAAUCCAAAACUGUCGCCUUCAGACAGGACCAAACAAUCACCAGAGCAAAGUCCUCGCCACCUAUCUGUUCGAUGAUGGCAAUGAAAGACUAUCUCCUUCAAGCCCAGUCACCAUCAAGCCACCCUCUGUUCGCCUUCGUCCAACCCAGACAAUGGCUUACACAGAACAAUCUCACAAGAGAGCUUAGGACAAUUCUUCAAAACUGUGGUCUCCCUGCUAAAAAUUUCUACUCCCACAGUUUCCGUAUUGGAGCCGCCACUAAAGACAGCAGCCAAAGCUGGCCUUCCACCCUGGGUUAUUAAAGUUGUAGGCCAAUGGAGCUCAGAAUGUUAUGAACGCUAUAUAAGGACACCUAAAUGUACCAUUUUAGAACUACCUAGACUCUUAGCUAAUACUAGUCAAUAACUAACAUUAAGACAGCUUGUGUCUUCUUUAACUUUCGUUGAAACAUUUGCGAAGUCUCAUAGGAGCAGAAGGCACGGCUCCCUUUGCUUACAAGAGCCUGACUUUAUUCACCUUGUACUGUUGGGCGAUUGUGCCUCCUGUCUCCACAUGCUCCACAAUCCGUGGCAGGGAAGUGCAACCCCUGGCUGCACUUUACCCCACAGUAAGCCCUUGGAGACAGGUCUGUAAAAAAUCCGCUCCAGGGUGUGGAGCCCCGAUCCCACCUGAUCUGUACUUCACCCAGCCGAUGGCCACCCUUCCUGGUUCCCCUUAGUUCCUAGUGACUGGGGGAUAUGGGGCUCACCCCCGGAGACUGAUCAGGACUCCUUUCCUGGGUGGCUACCCUCAGUACCAAUCGAUCUUGUCUCCCCUCAGGAGGGCUUCUCUCCUGGUCCCCUUACCCCUAGAUUUAAGCGCUUCCCUGACACAUGAAUUUUGCCCAUAACUUUUUUUGUGUUUUCUGGGUGGUGGAACCUUUGUGCGAAACCACUACCAAUUGGAGGAGGUUAUUCACGCUGCCUAAACACGGAUAGUGUAGGAAAGGAGAGAAGGUAGUGGAGAAUAUUGAUAGUGGAGAAAUGAAAGAUCACUGCAUGGAAUUUUGUCUUGCUUUCUCACUAAACUGUCUUCUUUCUAAAUUUAAAGUCAAUCCAAUUCCACCAAGGAAUUGGUGGAUAGAAGGUUGGAAUGUUAACAAUUUGUUGAUAACCAAAAGUUAUGUUGUCUAUCUUAAUCUAGGAAUGAAAGACGACUUUUUUCAGUUGAACAACAUUAUUUGCCAGUACCUUGAUAUCAAAAUUAAGAUGACUAAUUCGUUAAUACAACCGUAGUGUUCUGCAGAACAUCAAACUGAUGAACAGCGUUACAACAAUACAUUCGGUCAAACUCUUUUUUCUUUAUAACUGUGUACUGUUUUGAAAAUUUGUUUUAGGUGAUUUCGCUCAAAACAACCGAUACAUCACACUUCUGACACCAGUCAGAGGUUUUAGGCUUCAAGGACACGUGUUUUCAAACCAUUCCGUGGAACUAAAGCUAGACUGCCAAGACCAAUGCGCCCUUGCGAGGGAAUGUGUUUCAUAUAAUACUGGGCCAAUGAUCAACAACAAGAUGGCCUGUGAACUGAGUACUUCAGAUCACUUACAACAUCCAGAAGAUCUGAAUCCAAGAAAACGCUGGUUCUAUAGAGGCACAGAGGUAACAUCACCAUGCAUCGUUAAGUGGUCAUGUCUUAUAAAAUGCCCUAAAAUGGUGAUAAUUGAUAACUAGGACGAUUAUAUUAUAGCAUUAUUGGUGUUAUAUAAUAAGCAUAUAAUAACCUCAGGCCACUUAAGGCAUGACUAUCUAAUUAAAUAUGCAUAUUUUGAUAAAAUGCUAUUUAGAACGAUUUGCUUCUAUCGAUGAUCCUAAAAAUUGAACUGCAAAUGUAGCUUGAUGGCCUUAGCAAUAUGAGUGCGUUUUAAAAGCUCGAAUUUUCAUCACGUGACUGAUAAUUGAGAAUUAACGGCCAGAAUAUUAACUCUAAAAUAGGGAAAGGAUAAUGAGAGAGCAACAAGUUCUUUUAGGUAAAGGUUCUUAUACAUUCGCCUUGUGUGUGUGUUUACGUUAUAUAGCAAUCGGUAAAUAAAGGGAAAAGGGUCACUUGACUUAUUAAUUAGUUAAAUAGCUAAUAGGAUAAAUAACAUUUCCAAUCACACAAGGCGAAUUUACGAUUUCCGAUGUUUAUGUAGCAUUUUGGUAGUGAAAAUUCCUAACAUUAAAGUUUGCGACCCUUCCCGUUUAGGAAAACGUGUUUUGUAACGUCAUUGACGAAACGAUGUCAAGUGUUCUUUGAAAUCACGUUUCACGUGUUUUUUUCGGUGAGCCACAUUCGUAGUUUACUUUUCAGAAGUAAUGUUGGAAGCAAACCGUUCUAAGUAGCAUUUACUAAAGUAUGCAUAUUUAAUUAGGUAGUCAUGUCUCAAGUGGCCAAAGACGGUUACAAUUAUGACAUUAUGAUUGCUGUAAUAUAGCAAUAACGACGACGAUGAUGGCUACUUUUAGUUAAAGGUAGGCUUCAUUUCCAAAGAUUUGUUGUCGUUGCCAUCAUUUGCUAACAUUAUUUAUUUCAAAAAACGAUGAUAGUAACGACGACGACGAAGAUCAUGAUGAUGAUGAUAAUAAUGACGAUGAUGAUGAUGAGGAUGACAACAAUGAUGAUGGUGAUGAUGCCGUGAUGAUGGUGGUGAUGAUAAUAAUAAUGAUGAUGAUGAUGCUGAUGGAUGGUAGUAAUGACGAUGAUGAUAAUAGCGACGAAGAAGAAGAUGUUGACGACGACGACGAUGGAGCAAAAUAUGCAGAUUGUGAUGAAAAUGAUGCCGUUGUUGAUGAUUAUAAGAAAGAUAAUGCAUGAUGCUGUUAUGUUUCUUGACAGGUCUCUUGAUAAUGAUUUUGACAUUUCAGUAAAAUGGUAAAGAUAAACGCGAUAUUCAUCAAAUAAACGUAUAAUGUGAAUCAUGACGACGAAAAAAAGUAAUAUGAUGAUGAGAUAAUCUCUGUCGACUCUCUAUCACCGAUACACGGUGGCUGAAACUGACCCAUUUAACCUAGAGCAACCUUCACUUAUUUUUAUCUUAGAAUAAUUCUGACAACAUUAUACAUUUGAGUUUUCAAAUGAAAAAUACGUCUGUUCUUCUCAGAAUCUUUGCGCCGCUAAGCCCUGCCUAAACAAUAGGACCUGCUACACGGGAUACACUGAGAAAAAAUUCGUUUGUUUUUGCUCACCAGGCUACAGCGGAGAAAAAUGCCAGAGAGGUUAAGUGUUUUUUGACGACAAGUAAUGUGCAUUGACAAUUUGGGCCGUACAAAGUUGAUAACAUCGCGACACUCUAUAAUACUGGAUAAAACGUUUGGUUAUUCUUGUUGCGUCUAUGACGUGUUUUAGGAGGCAAAACAAAUGAUGACGAUGACUUUUGUGACCAAAAAAAAAAAAAGAGCACUUGUCUUUAUAAUAAUUUUAAAUGAGACAACAGAUCAGUCUAGUAUAUAUCUUUCACUUCCGUUCUUUUUUCUCGCUGAAAAGGAAAUUGCGAUUACGAUAAUCAGAUUCAAAUAAAAGAAAUUUUCCGACAUGAUUAAAAGAUUAUCAUCAAACUUAGGAACUGAAUCUUUAUCCCUUUUCUUUCAAACAUCGUUAUGCUGGAAGGAAGAGACUACAAAUUAGUAUUUCAUCUUAUUCGAACAUUCUAUGCUCCUUUCAGUUUUUAUUUCUAUAACAGGUAUCGAUCGAUCGAUCGCGUAUAUCACUCAUUUUAUAUUGUAAUAAAGGUAGCAUACGUCUACCCUUUUGGCUUAUAAAUCAACAUUACGUCUGUUUGCAACUCUUACGCGGAGAACAGUAAAUACCUCGACUAAGAACUUGUUUUGUUGUUGUUGUUGUUGCUGUUGUUGUUUUAGCGUUUCUUUUUUAAGAUCCUAUUAGGCUAGAAUUUGCCAGUUAGGUCCCCUCUAUAAAAUUUGAAACAGGAUCUUAUUUGCUAAGACGUUUGAAAAAAUUAUGUGCCCUUUGGCAUAUAAGAUUAGUUGACUUUUAGGAUCCUCUUUAGAGACAUAGGUGGCUUAUCACUCCAACUGCAAUUGUAAUGGUAUACAGGUUUUCCCUUAGGAAUGAGCUGAAUACCAUUAAAUACUCUUAGCUACAAUGAAAUGGUUUGUUCAGAAAAUAAGAACCUUUUUAAGAACCUAAAAAGCUUACAUUUGUAAAAUAAAUUAAAGUUGAUGUACUAAGAACCUGUUUAGGCUAACUUAAAAAAUAAAACAUGACAUUUGACAUCUUAAAAACACUCGCCCCUUGUAAAAAUAGCAAAAAGUCUGCGAAAAAAGGUCAUUGAUGACCGGAAUAACGAAUAAAAGCAUUUAUUUUGAACCUUCUCUCGGCAGUUCCGUUGUCAUGCAGCUAUUAGGGAGCUUUAGCAACGACGACGGCGACGGCAACCAGAACGUCGAAAAAAAAGCAAUAGGUUUUUUACGCGAAACAACAACUUUGCACGUGCAUCACGCUUUUUUGUAGAUUUCCGUUACCGUCCUUACACGAAUACCACGUGAAAAUGCCUAAUUGCAAGUUUUAUGGAGGACGUAAACAAGCGACGACGAAUCUCUUUUUCUCUCUUUAAAUUUGAGUGCGGUCCUCAAGAAAUCAACUCCAGGGAAAUUCGCCUACAUUUGCCAUUUUCAGCAAAUUGGAAUAAACGCGACAAAGAUUGAAUAAACGGGAAUUCAUUUUAAAACUGACGUUUUCGCUGCCGUUGCCGUCGUCGAUGCUAAAGCUCCCUAUUUAAAGAAGAGUGACCCUACAGCAAAAAGUGGAAAUUACAUCAUUGAUCCAGAUGGCGAGGGAUGUCAAGAAGGAUUCUCAGUGUACUGUGAUAUAACAGACAAAAAUGGAGUUGACGUGACAGUCAUCAGUCACCAUCGUGAGAGUAGAAAACAUGUGACAGGAUAUGAACGCCCAGGGAGCUACUCACGGGCCAUUCUCUACAGAGGAGCGAGUUUCUCUCAGUUGACCAAUCUCACCAGCGUCUCUUCGCACUGUGAACAGUUUAAAUAG